CUAGAGCUUCAACGAGAACUAAUGGGCGCUAUUAAUUCCUAGUUUGUAAUCAAACAAUAAUAUAUUUUGUAGCACGUUUCCUUGAAUAAGGACAUCCCUGUGUACUUGGUUAUUUUGUUGAUAACCAAAUUACCCACAACUGGAAUACAAUUUAAAAACAAUGGACACGGAACAAAUUACGGUUCAAGUUAUUAAAGAAACCCCAACGUAUGAAGGUGAUAGUGAGAACACAAAUGGAAGAAAUGGCAUUACACCUUGUGGCGCAGCGUUGCCUGUGAACACAGGCAUUGUGGAGAAAAGUGAAAACACAGACGUUUACCACCCACAUGAUUGCAGGAAAGCAGACGACGUUACGUUUGUAAACGGUGGUUACUCCGAGGCGGUCACUGGAGAUUCCGACCAACCUGGUGUAGACAUCAAGUCCAGUGGUUGUUCUAAUAGACACAAGACCGACUGGCAUGGUCUCACUUCGGUAGAUGGAUCGGGGAAAUCGGCGUAUGACGAUCUGCCAACCUACCUACCCGUGCGUUCCAGAAGAGGGCUCGAGUUCGGCUCGGAGAAGCAGAUAACAGACGAUGACCUAAAUUUAGCAGCGACUCUUGUUGCCGAUGCUAUGGAAGGCCACAAAUUCGAGGUGAAGCGGGAACCAAGAUAUGUGAGGUCAUACAAAUACUUCAAGUCCAUGUACAUGCGGCUGCCCCUCUAUGUGGCUAUAAUAUCUUCUCUUUUACUGGCUCUGUUUGAGAAACCGGCGGUUAAAGGUCUUGAACUUCCGUACCAGGCGACAAUGGCAAUUGAAGGGGCGUGUCUGCUGUUUUUCGUAUUUCGCAUCUGUCACCACGCCCACUGGCGGUCACGUAGCGGAUUCGAGAAGGACAUUAAGAUGCUUGUCGCAAUUGCGAGCAUUAUUGUGACGGUUGUGGACAUGGUUGUGUACGUGUUCCUGUUACAUCUAACGUCAUGGCAGGCGGUACGAUAUACGAGAAGUCUCCGCCCACUUCUCAUAAUGAACUUCUCAGACGGCACGCACUUAAGUCGGGCCUGGAGUAACAUCCGGAUAACAUUGAGGCAGAUUGCUCACGUCAUAGGCCUUUUUUAUUUUCUCAUUCUUGUAUUCGCCCUUGUCGGCAUGAAAUUGUUCCAGACCAGAACGGAUAUCAGCUUCCCGGAUGGUACACCUUAUUUCAAGAAUUAUAUUGAAAGCUUCUGGCAACUGUACAUUCUGGUCACUACAGCCAAUAACCCGGAUGUCAUGGUACCGGCUUACGACAAGAACCGGUUGUACUGUCUCUACUUCACGCUCUACAUUAUCAUUUGCCUCUACCUGAUGCUCAACAUUCUGCUUGCCGUCACCUAUAGCAGCUACAGGGACUGCAUGAAGAAUAACAUCAGAAGAACCGCUCGAAUAAAGAAAAACAUUCUCCAUCAAGCGUUCGAAGUGAUCAAGAUCAACGUUGACGGCAAAGAGAUGGUGACGUAUAAAACUUGGACGCGCCUUAUACGCUUGGCCCACCCUAGAAAGACCAAGCACCAGAUCGAUCUCUUGAUGAUGGUUCUUGAUGAGGACAAAUCUGGCUUCAUAAGUCGCAGCCAGUUCCUGAACAUUGCGGAUCUACUGAAUGUGCCGAUAUCCGUUGUCUCAGAGCGCAAAACUUUCCUCGAGAUCCACUUCCCACGCUUCUACCUUAGCCCCGCAAGCAGGCUUAUUCGCCGUUUAGUCAGCUCUUUGUACUUCAGUCUAGCAUAUGACGCCAUCGUGGUUGCAAAUGUGGCUGUGAUCUGCGCCAACUACGAAAAGGCUGACUGGUUAUUCGCGGUUCUCUAUAUCGUAGAGAUCGUCUUGAAAUGGUUCACAUACGGCACUAGAAGAUACUUUAUGAACACCCAAAACUGGUUUGAUGUGAUAAUAACUCUGAUAUCUGUGGUAGUUCUUAUUAUCGUUGACUCCGAACAGACAGGCAAGGUAACGCCGGAAAUUCUGAGUGUUCUUAAUGUGUUUCGUAUAUUCAGAAUUCUUCGAUGCCUUAGGGAGUUCGAAAGAUUUCGUAUUAUAUUUGGAGCAGUGUUCAACGUGUCUUUCUUAAUUAUUACAUACUGUGGGAUAUUGUUUAUAGUGUUCUAUUGUUUCGCCAUCAUCGGCAUAGAGGUGUUUAGUGGCAAAAUAGAGUUUCUUGAGUACAACCAAAGUAGCCCCACGUUUAAACAAAAAACGUGCAAUAAUGCGGCUCUGAACGGAAGUAUGUACAGUACCAGCCGCUACUGUGGCAUCAAUUUUAAUGACAUCGUCAGUGCACACGUUCUUCUAGCGUCGUUGUUGGUUGUAAACAACUGGCAUGUGAUCUGUGACGGUUACGUGUUGGUGACCAGCAAGGUUGCCCGGAUAUACUUCAUGAGUUUUCAUCUCUGUGUCACCAUCGUCGUCAUGAACAUCGUCACGGCCUUCAUUUUGGACAUGUUCAUGUACGAGUACACGUUCGCCAAGAAAGGAAACAUCGACACGAAGGUCGAGCAAACCAUCAAAAAUCUGCAGCUGGGUAUCGACGAUGAAACUGGGAUGGAAAUUAAAAAGGAAAGUAAGCCUUCACACACCCAAAAAGAGGAAAACCCUAGUAUGUUCCACACCAAAAGCAUGUUAAAACGACUACAAAUGAAAAGCACAAUUCACCUGAGCCGACCAAAUUUAUCCAGAUACGAUGGUAUUCGUUUCCAUAUUAAGCGCAGAGGUUGGAUGAAGACCGAAUUGCUACUAGAACAGCUGCUUGAGCAGGAAGAAGAGAACGCAGUCAAUGAACAUGAUCAUGAGGAGUUAUAAAUGUAUAUUGCUUCAGCAACAAUAACUACAUACCAUGGUGUGGAAUAGCCGCCCAUGUGGAAUAGAGAAACCGCAAAAAUUGUAUCCAAUUCAAAUUGUAACGUAUUCCGUAGGAUCGGCAUGUUAUUCGUUCAUGACAUAUACAUCUAUAGCGUGAUUUAUUCAAUUCUAUAAGUUAAACAAUAUCUUGUCCCUAAUUAAUCCUCGAAAAUGUGUAUUUGUUGAACGGCUGACGAACGGAGUCAUAUUUACGUCACGUUUAAAGACUUUUACCUGGAAUAAUUACCAAACAUAAUGCAAAGCAUAAUGUAGCAGUGCAUUUUACUUAUCAUAAUGAACAUGCAAGUCUUGUAAGAUAAGGACUAUAUUUGUUGUAAGUUCUUUUUUCUUAAAUCUUUACGCCAUUUUAAUAAAACAAAUAUUUACUGACGACCUAUGUGUAAUUAGCUUGCAAUGCUUAUUAACAAAAUAUAAUAUGAUUUAAAUACUAUACAUUUGUACAGCUAUGAUAUCACCUUUGUAAUAUCAUUUUAGAUGUCAUUUAGAAAUGUGUUUAUAUCUGGAAAUGUCUUCUAUUUAAUAUUCCAUACCAAAUCACUGAUAAAUAUUUACCAUAAUUAGAUUUAAUUGUAUAUUUAUUGUUCUGAAAAUCAUCAGGACCUUUUGAACGUUAUUUUGAAAAACUUUAACAUGCUGGCGCUUUUAUAUACUGUCAUCGUCAUAAACAUGUUUGUUCUUGUAUCGAUAAAUAUGUUAUCUAACUGAUUAAAAUACUUGAGUUUUCCGAAAAGCAAUUGUGAAGCGCUAAUUUCUGAAACAUGAAUUCGAAGGAUCGAAUACUAAACCGGUGUCUAACCAAUGUAACAAGUCGUGAUCUUUCCGAAUUUUACUGCAUACUUACGUUAUGACAUUAUGUAAUAUACAGGUUUCAGGUUAAUUGCAUUUGCACCUCAUUAUUGUAUUUUUAUCGGUGUUUUAUUUGUAUGUGCAUUUCUGCGCUCAUUUUUUGCGCUUAAUAUUGUAUUUUUAUCGUUGUGUUAUUAUCAUGUACAUCACUUUUUUCAUUAUUGUAUUUUCAUCUUUGUGUUAUUUGCAUGUGCAUAUCGAUGCUGAUUAUUGCAUUUGUAUUGCUUUGCAUUCUUACAGACUUUCAAUUCCGCCUUAUAUGAACUAUCUACGAAGAUCAAAUUAUUUCAACCAGUAGAAAUUACAUAUAAACAACAGCUAUCAGAACGAUGCCGAUAUUUUUUGUCUUAUACAUUAAUAAGGCACGAUUUAUUUGUUUUAAUAUUAGGCAAUACCAUAGGAACAUUUGAAGGUGACUACGUGUAAAACAAUGGUGUUCUCUUGAUGUCGAAAAAAUAUGAUCUCUUGACGUAAAAAAGUAGCUAAGCACAAUAUAAUACAAUGGUUUGAAGAAAUAAUUACACUUUAUGUUUAUGUUCAGGAAUCCUUUUCUGUGCACUUAAUAAAUAAAUAGCAAUUAAAACGGAGUGAAAUAAGUUUUAUAUUAAUAAAGCUCAUCUAUGUUAUUGAAUUAUGUGACAUUGUGUAAUUUUGUGGACAAAUGAAUAAAACUACUUCAUCCUAUAGUUACUUACCUGGUUCAUAGGAAAAUUGAUUUUUCGAAUGCAAUAACAAUAUGAUACGUGCAGAGAGUUCAUACAAAAACCGUAACACAUUUGCCGGUUAACCUCUAUGUAUGACAUUGUAUGGUACGUAAAAAGGGAACUUUAUUUUGCUCUGAACUUUACAACAAUUCAACAAAUCGACAGAGGUAUAGAGCACAUAUGACCAGGAAUGGCUUGGCUAAGCCUACAAUUCGCGCAAUCAGCAGAACUACACAUACCCUGAAAUAAUAAUGUUUCAACAAAAGUUUUCAGUUAAGCUCUUUUUGACUUCUUUUUAAACAGGAAACAUUAUUUCUUUCUUAAUUUGACCAUCAUGAUACACGGAUCAUGUAUAGCAGUAGCAUUUCAUGACGAUAUCAACACCAUUAUCAAGAUGAAA